GCCAAAGUCAACAAAGAAACUGGACUGCGGCGGGGGAGAUUGGGGCUGGUCAAAAAACAAAACUUACAUCCUCCAAUAGCGACCCGAAUGUUGCGAGCACGGCCCUUCUUGCAAGCGACGGAGCGACUGCGUCAUCGCCUUCUGCUGAAGAAGGCGGAGAUCCAUCUGCGACGCACUUGACAGGUCUACCAAGCGCAGCUUCGACUAGCGUGACACAGAGUGGGGCGGAUACGAGACUGAAGCAAGAAGUUGUAGCUUCCACGAGACGAGGGGCGUCUGCGAGUGCUCAGGGUUCCUCCGUAUCGAGUGGCACAACGCACAAGAAAUCUAUAUUGCAGAAGCCGUACUACAGUGUUUGCCUCAUACAAGGCAGUGCCGGGGUGCUUCACACGGGGACGGAGACGACGCAGCAUGGAGGUCACUCUCCCCACCACACGCGCAACAACAUGCAGCAUCACAAAAAAUCCCACCAGCAAAUACACGGUGGCGGCCAAAAAAGCCUUCCCACACGAGAUGGAAGUGGGACGAACGCAGGCACAGCAAUAAAAAGUGCCAGACCACAAAGCUCUAAAGCGCGAAAGCACAAGCGCGUUUUACUGCACCCAGAAGAGGACCAGUUCGUUUUCUACGAUGACCAACCGAGUUUGCUGAGCGACAGCGACGACGAAGACAACAUUCGCAGGUUCAUUGGGCGCAAUCUCAUGCCGCUUCAGAAUUUGGAUCAGGUCGAAGCGCAGUCCUCGAGGUGCAACUCCACUGGAGGGAACAAUGCACCUACAAAUGCAGAUGAAUUGAAAGCCGUUGACGUCACAUCCACGCGCCUCCAAGGAGGAGCGUCGUCAUCCUCUGCUCCUCGUCCGACCCAGACAGGCCAACGUCGUGAGGCAGAACAGGGCUGGCGCGUAG